GCGCCCACCCACGCGGAGGAUUGCUGCGCCCCGGCUGCGUCUCUCCAGCGGGGAGUCGGGGGGGGGGGGCGUUCAUGUCCCCCUCGGGUCUGAAGAGACCAGAUCAAAGGGUCCUGUGCUGGAAGGAAAUCUAAGAUGAAGUUAUGGGAUGUGGUGGCUGUCUGCGUGGUGCUACUCAACACUGUCUCCACCUUUCCUCUUCCCGCUGGUAAGACACCUCCUGAGAAGGCCCGCUCAGUGCCAGGAGGGACUGAAGAAGAACACUCCUCCAGCAAGCCGCUGACUCCUUUUGCUGGCCCAAUGGACUCUAACAUGCCUGAGAAUUAUCCCAAGCAUCUUGGAGAUGUAGUGGAUUUUAUUCAAGCGACCAUCAAAAGACUGAAGAGGUCACCUGAUAAACCAGCUCAGUUUUUUUCUAGACGGGAAAGAAACCGCCAAAAGAAGACGAAUAAUUCCAGCAGCAGAAAGGGACGGAGAGGCCCAAAGGCCAAAAACCGGGAUUGUGUCUUACAAGAGAUACACUUAAACGUGACUGACUUGGGUUUGGGGUAUCCCACCAAAGAAGAGCUCAUUUUCCGAUACUGUAGCGGGACAUGUGAGUCCUCUGUAACCCUGUACGACCAAAUUUUAAACAACUUAACUCAAAAUAGAAAGUUGGUCAGUGACAAAAUCAGACCACAGCCUUGCUGCAGGCCCAUUGCUUUUGACGAUGACCUUUCGUUUUUGGACGAUGACCUAACAACUUAUCAUAUAUUAAGAAAACAUUCCGCUAAAAAAUGUGGAUGCGUGUGACGUCCUUUUGUGUCCAGACAGUGCUACGCUCUUGCAUUCCUGCUAAAGACGGCAAAGAAGGGACCAAGGCUCCCAAGGAGAUGGGAUGAUGGCUGAGAAGGAAGGAAGGAAGAGGACCAGGCAUACAGGAGAGCAGUGGUCAUGGGAGCCUGGUUAGCUGAAAAUCCCGUACAGGAUUGGAGAAGAGGCAACAGUCGGGGCUUUUUUGUUUCUACAGGAAGGCAAAAACACUAGGCGGCAAAGCUCAGGGGUGGAGAUCCAGGAUUUGGAUGGAGAUAAUCUACACCGUUUGCUUGAGGUGACCCAUCAUUGGCGAUACUAGGCUAGGCACGUGCUUAACAACACAACUUCCGUUUGAUAACUUGUAUCACUCUGUUUUUCCAGUCCUAGAACUGGAAGUAACAACCAAUUUCCACUAGCCUUAACUCCAGUAUAUAGGUACAAUAUGAGCUUCACGUUUAAGAGAGGGUGAAUAGUGGUAAUUUAAGGACCAUAUUAGUGCCAGAUGAUGUGGUAGCAGAAAGUGAUGUCAGGGGUGACCCUUAGAUGCAGACGUAUUUGUUACCAAUGCUGUUGCAUAGGCAGUGACCAUUUCUCCUCAUCCCUGCUCCACUCAACUUUGCCAGUUACCUGUUCCACCAGAGGGCAAGCAUACAUGGCUUGGUACCAACCAAGUCUGCCCACUAGAAAUGCAGAUGCACUUACUUAUAUGAGACCCCCAUUCAUCAUUGGGUGAACACAAAGAUCCUAAUGCUGGUGGAGGGGAGCAAAAACAUGGAAAGAAGCUAAGGUAGAAGAGAAGGCAAUCUGAACUUCAGGAGGAGAGAGAAUAGCCAAACUGAGAAAAGAGAACAUGUUUGGGGAUGGGGGAGAUAGGAAAGGGAGCCUUUUGAUGAACACCCAUACUAACUUAUUUUAAGUACACAUCCAGCUAAAUGCACAGGAAGGCCAGUUCUGGCUGAGAUAAAGCGGGCUGUAUUCACAACUCUCUACUGCUGAGUGCAUGAAUGGUACACUUUGGGAGGACAGCCAUAAUUUUCAUAAUUUGCACCGUAUAUGUGCAAGAAGGUGAUAUAGAUCUUCCAUACUGGAGCUAUAGCUGCAGUUCUCCACCCGUUGGCAGGAAUCAUAACCACAGCCUCAGAAGCUGAAUGUGAUAAGGAGAGGUUAUCAAUUGUAAUCAGUUUCCCUAGGUGGCAUAGGCGCCACUGAGUUCUCUUCUACCCCAGGUUGGUAGGCUACCAUAAGCAGUGCUAUGCCUUGUCCAACCAAGAGAACACGAGAACCACAUGAAAGGAGCCCCCCCCCAUCCCCCCCCCGGCAGCUCUUCUCCAUGUCAGUGUCAAUUUUCAGAGAGUUUCAGAUAUAGGAGCAUGGGAGGAGCUGCAGCAUGGGCUUCUUGUAGGAGCAAUGUUCUGGACCACCCAUAUCAUUUGGUAGCAGGGGAAAGUAUUCACGCUGCUAAAGAUGGGGUGAGAUGUUGGCAGAAAUAUUUUAAUAUACCAAGGGAUAAUCACGUACAAGCUGCAAUUAGCUGAAGUUUUCAGAAGACCCUCCAAAAUGAAAUGCACCUGGUAGUCACUUUUUCGACAUGCUCAUUUACAGUUCAGUUUUUUCCCACUCUCUAUAAAGAGAAGUUGUGUUUUUAAUCACUAGUUGGUGGCUGGGCUACACCAUGAAACCAUGCAGAUCUUGUUGUUGUUGUGUUGUUUACAAAAGGACUAAGAUCACUUAAUUAACUGCAUUUCUAUUUCGGGGUCUUCUUGAGUGAACAGACUACUUGAUGCAAUGCAUCCAGUCAGAGACAAAUCUAGAGAAAGAUAUUUAUUGAGAUUUUAAGUUAUUAUUAUGAUUAUUAUUUAUUACAGUUCAUGAGUUUCCUGUCCUUUAUUUAUUAAAGCUUCUUUCUUCAAAACA